CUACGGCUCCGUAUGCGUAACUAGCUCUGUACGUUUUUCGUGCUUGUUUUCUGUUUCAACCAUAUCGUACUGAAACAUUGCGUAGUUUUUAAAGCAGUAUAUGAUAUCCACACAAAACAAAACAAAACACAUUACGUCGCCGAAGUGGAAAGAGGGCUAUACGCGUGCCACCGGAGCUAUCGCGCCCUUACCGCUAGCGCCCUACAUGUUCCUCGUACCUGCGUGUGUGCAAAAUGAGAAACUACAAGUUUCCAAUGAUAUUACAACUCUUCUUAUUACACGUUCAACUUACUUUAUCAUUAUUUAGGAGUCAAGAGAGAUUCUUAGUCAGUUUCCAAGUGUUCCCAAACUUCUUCAUAGUUUACUUAACAAUAUCAUGGUACAAACUACAGGUAAAUAAAGCAGUUUAUAUUUCGCAUCAUUAUAUUUUCCUGGUACGUUUUGGUACGUUUGGUACAUGUUUGGCAGUGCUGUAAGUAACUUCGUUAAAAGUAACUAAUUACAAGUAAUCGUUACAUUUUUCAGUAACGGUAACGGUAACUUGUUACAUUUUGAGAACAUGUAACUGUAACGGUAACUAGUUACAAAAAAUGCCAUAAAAUUGAAACGAUUACAAGUUAUUUUGCCAAAGUUACAAGUUACAUUUUGUUCAUUGCUAUUUGUGUACGUUUUUAAAAUGAAGUAAAUCAAUACACAGUCAGGCAAGCUCUUAAUCAUCUGCACAGGAAUAAUUUAAUCUGACACAACAGAAUCCGUUCAAGACACAAAUUUAAGUCAACGAUUGACGUCAAAUUUACGUACAGUUGGAACUGAUCGGAAUGAUUGCUCGCUCCAGAGGCCGCGGAAGCAUUUCGAAAGUGGAGGGGCAUUGACCGAAAGGGGCACUUUUGUAUAUGACCAGAAUCAAACGAUUUUAUGAUGUUCACGAGCCGAACGAAAAGUUUUGAAAAUAUGGAGUCUCUCUAACGUCGGAAAUGGCCUUUACAGAGUCUUUACUACUGCGAAAAGGGCAUUUUCUUUCCAGAAAAAGAGGGCGUUUAUUCAAGAAAUACUUUUUUCGUUUUUUAAAUGGGGCAUUUUAGCCCAGAAAAAAGGGCACUUUUUUCACUUUUAAGAAAAGUGGGGGGGGGCACAUGCCCCCAUUGCCCCCCCGGUUCCGCGGCCCCUGGCUCGCUCGCUUGAAUGAUCGCUCGCCUUCACUAUAGGGCCUUAAUUGGCCUCGUCAUAACUGGUCUUUGGCCUCAUUUCACUUGGCCUUGGCCCAGUCAUGAUCACGUAUUCACGUUUCUGCUUUUUCAUUGCGAAGUCAGACGCCACUAGCCAGUGAGGUAUAUUUUUUUCCAAUCCAUUCGUUCAGACUGCAUAAUACCAGAGUUUUUUUAAUUGACAAUUCUAUUAAAAAAUCGAUUUGGUGGAAUUUUACAGAUGCAUGCAGACACAUCUAGUAAAUAGUUAUUAAUUUUGCCAAUAAUUUUGCCGCAAGUUUUACCAUUCGGCCCAUUCGAAUUGUGUGCGUUCUUAAUUGAGGGUGGGAAAGGGUAUUUUCAGCUAUUUUCGUGAGCCGUGAAUGGUCAAUAUUUGUUCGCGUGAAAUGCUUGAUUUUAGUGUCGUGAAAUGUGAUUUGUUCUACAGCCGUGAGGCGUGAUUGUUGAUAAAAAUGCUCCGUGAAAUGAGAAUUAAGGAUGCCUGUUUAGUAAACUGUGAUUAUUAUAGUGAUUAUUAUAAUAAACAUGAUACGCGAUAAUCAAAUUUAUAUGAUCUCACUCGAUUGCACAAGAGUAAAAACUUCGGAGGCCUUUCGCGAGGUUCCUGACGCUGAGAACAAGGAUCCUGGCGCUGAGGACGAGGUUCCUGGCGCUGAGAACGAGGUUCUUGGCGCUGAGGACACGCGCGGAGGUCGUCGUAUAUUCUCGUCACUCAAACUUGUAAGUUAUGAUGUAGUUUUUAACUGACAGGUAGAGAAAUGAGAGAACUUAAAGCGUAGAUACUGUACCAGGCAUUAACAUAGUCUUAAUAAACGUAUUAUUAUUAUAUUAUUUUAUGAGAAUCUAGAUUUCCGUGAAAUUGCUUUUUUAAGACACGUGAAUCUUGAAACGGCUUUUUUUUUUCGUUGUGAAACGUGAUCCAUACCCACCCUUUCCCACCCUCUUAAUUGCAAUCAAUAAAUGUAACUUGUAACUUUGUAACUAAGUUACAAAAAAUAUAUUGUAACUUUGUAACUGUAACUAGUUACACUUUGGCGUCUGUAACUUGUAUCGGUAACUAGUUAUGUUUUUGGCAAUGUAACUAUAACUGUAACUAGUUACAAAUAAACUGUAACUGUUACAGCACUGAAUUGUUUGGUACGUUUUCUCUUUAGCGCACUGCGCAAGUGGGUUUCAACUAGUGAGCGUUAUUACUGAGCGUUAUUAAUAUAUUACUGGAGUAAUAAGUAUCUUACUGAAAUUUGAAACUGCAUAAGAGGCUGAAACCUAUAUACGUCCAACAUUCACUUCACCUAUUCUGAAGAUCUUUCUACGCUAACAUAUGCUCACCUGUUUAAACUAGUGCCGGAAUCGUACCCUUAUUAAUGUUCUUAUCACGUGUAAGCAAAUUAACCUAUUUUAAGGAAUUUAUGGUAGUGCAUGGGGCAUCAUCACUGUGAUAGCGAGUUUGUACACCCCAGUAUUCAGAAUCUCCUCUCCCCAUAUGAUUUGUAAGAUCUAACGAGCUAUACCGAUGUAAAAAAACAUCACACCCUUGGUAGUACAAUAACUUUAUCAUGGAUUGUUUUACGGUUAUCUUAUAUCAUGUCAAUAAUUGUGAUAUAUAUAUACCUCAGUUUUGUGUACUUGAUAUAGAGGAUCUUUACCGUCUCGUCUUGCACUGUGUUACUGCUGUAGCUGUUUCCUCUCAGCAACACAGGGAUGGAAUAAAUGAAAAAUCAAUUAAAUGGGUGAAGGUAUUGAGUAAGCUUUCACUUGGAAAUAUACAAAAUAUUAACUAUAAUAAUAGCAGUUUUCGUUUUCCCGCCUUUGUUUUCAGUCUUUUCCGAGAUCCCAAUAUUGUAUGGUUGCAGAAGCCAAAAAGUGAAGAUCAUUUGGGAUCAUUAACAAGUAGUAUACAGUAUAUAAAAAUAUAGUUAAAUGAAGAUUUUCAUGCAAAUGAAGAAUUCGUUCUCUUUGUAGUCGCAGAUUAAAACUGUGUGCUCAUCCUAUCCUGGUAUAGUCAGCUCUUCUGUCAGCUUAGCAGAACAGUUUGGUUUGCAACCAGUUGGCAUUGCACAACAGUUUAAUAACGAGGUAAUGUUUGCCGUUGACCACUAUUAACGUGCUGUAUUUUUAUUGUAAGCUUUUUUAUGCCUUGUACUGUUAUCGUCGUAUUAAAGAGGUUCAGAUUUUACUUCUACUGCCGUUACCAUUAAGUGACCAUUAACCAAUCCGAUGCGUUUCAAUUUAGAGUUUUGGGACCCACAACGAGUUCUCGCCUCAUCCCUAGGCGACACGCCCAUGCGAGUACGAAACCUAUCUACGGUAUUUGCCUGAAAUUGGCUCCAAACACAAGACUACUAUAUAUUAUGAAAAUGGUUAUCAUAGUUAUUUUCCCAUUCCCAUAAUCGGCUGCACGAUAGUGCGAAGUGGCUCAGUGCACACAUCUAGCAUUUUUGACAUAUAUCUUUUGUGACAUACUACUAUUAUAUCACUGUUAUAUUACAGUUGGUUAGUUCCUUAGUUGGUGAUCUUAGCAGUACUGCAAGCUGUCGUGAAUGGAGUGAUUUACAUCGGUAAAGUAUAGAUACACAUUUUGUCAUUUUCCGUUUUGAAAUAGUAUGAUACUAUCAAUAUAAAUAUUAAUAUAACUAGCAAUUUGUCUCUAACAGUGGCGGACACUUCGCGAAAUAUGGGGGGGGGAGGGAAGGAGGGGCGAAUUAAGUUGGCAACAUACGUUAUAGAAGUGUUAUUUUUAUUGUAUCCGUUUUUUUAGACAAUUCAUUCCAAGAUACCCAAUCGAAGGAACUACUCUCAGAAACAUAUCAGAGAUGUGUUUGCCAAUCCUAUUAAAACCAGUUAUUCGCCCACUAGUAAGUGCAGAACCGAAGCAUGUAUACAGGAAUGUUGGUAUACAGACACCUAUAUGCUACUACUAAAAUUAAAAACAUAUGAUUUCUGGAUGAUACAACAGUGCAUUCUACAGCCUUUUGAUAUUUUUCACGACACUCCACACAGUUACUGUUGGUAAUGUCCAAGUAUUUGGAUCACACAACCAGUGUGAUCACACAACCCUCAGGAGAACACACAAGCCGCAGGAGAACUUUGGAUAGAAAGUCAACAAAUUUAAUCCUGCAUGUUUGCCUAAAAUGAACUUAAUUAAAGAACUGCAUGAAUGUUGUUGUUAUUUGACAAAAUCAAACUUUGGCAAAAAAAUUAUGGCGAUUUAACAAUUGAGCGCCAAUGUUGUUCAGAUGACCUUAAUAAGAAAUCAGGACGGGUAUUUAUGCACAUGUAUUGUGAGAUACUGCCGACUUUCCAAUUCUUGCAUGGGUUACGCUAUGGGUAUCCUAUCAAAAGAUUCUAUAUUCAAGGCUAAUUUAGUCUGUAGACGACUGCUAAUUUUUCUUCAAAUAUAAGUUUAAUAUAAAUACAUGGUAAAUUUUAUACCAUUCUUCAUAAAUUCAUUCGUUUGGAAGAAAACAUUGGAUUGAGUUUUCAUUACAGAUCGAGGCACUUCUAUGUUGUGAGAAAACAAAUGAUAUUAUAACUGACAGGUACUACUUAUUACGGUUAUUCUUUUAUCGUUGCAAAAUUAGUGUUUUCUGAUUGGAUAAGAGGUGCAAUUCUUGCAUUGAUUAUGUAUCGCUGUUUGCAUGAACGAGGCUAAGGAGCGAGGUUGUGCAAAAAAUAUUCGGAAUAAUUGAAUAUGUAAAUCUUCUGGUGGCCCAAUAUGUGAAUGUACAAAAAAAACAAUGUUAAUUAAUGGGCGGAAUCGCAAUGGGUGUAAUUAAUAAGUGGGUGUAAUUAGCCGUUUUACAGAUUUAGGUAUCGUUUAAUAUAUGCAGGACUUUUGCACAAUUAAGAACCCUUCAUUAGAAAUACCUUUUAUCAAUCAAUGUUAUCAUUUAUUCUGUUCGUCAGCAAUUCUAACUCAACAGAUGUCAUCCCUGAGAAAGCCCUCUCUCCGCACUUCUUAAAUGCAUUGAAGGACAAUCCUAGAGACUGUUAUUUGUCUUUAUCACAAGGUAACUUUAUAAAUGUUUCUUGUACUUAUUAUUAAUAUCGAUCUGUCACUGUGUCACUGAUCUUAUGAAAUACGAAAGGCUGAUCAUGAUCUCAAUGAAGACACUCGUAGAAUUACUAAUUGAAUAGUUUGUUUAAUAAAAACAUCAUCUGGCAGUCAGAAGACUGAAUUACAUGACGUUAAGUGUUACAAGGUUAUAAAUAGUAAAAAAUUCUAUAUUACAAUGCAAUUUAAAAAUUGUUAAUAUAUACUAUAUAUCAUAUACUUAAAUGUACUAAUCUAUAUGAGUUAAAAAUUCUAAAAUGUUCAAGGAACAUCUAAUUUGUAAUGUUUCUUAGCAUAAAAGUUGAUAAAAGAGUUUCCGAAACGAUUUGUACUUGCUGGUGAAACUUCAAAGGAUCUUUCUUUUCGUAAUUCUCUAUUGCCUGCUUUGGAUGGUAAAAGUUUGGCAAGUUUAUGAUCAUCAUUUAAAACAAUGUCGUUGAAGAGAUUAUUGGAUAGAUACUCCCGUCUGUUUUCAAGAGUGGAAAUACCAGCGAUGUUAAGAGCCGCGUCGUAAGACAAUUCAUAGAAUAUUAUUUUCAUUGCUCGCUUCUGUAUACGUUCAAUGUUUUUUGCAAGAUUUCGUGGCAGGGAACUAUGGAAUAAUUGGCACGCAUAUUCGAGGACAGACCUUAUACAGCUGCAAAAAAAUUUGACCAAAUCUGCCAAAGCGACAUCAGCACGUUUGAGUUGCCUCAACAAAUAUAAACGUUUAGCUGCUUUGGAGACAAUUGAAUUUACAUGGUCUAUCCAUUUAAGGUCAUUUCUUAAUAUAACUCCAAGCGAUUUGAUACUUGUCACUCUUUCCAAAUUUCGGUCACCAAUACGUAUAGGUUCAAAAACAGGUGGUAAUCGUGAAAAGGAUAUUACCAUUUCUUUGCAUUUAAAUGGGUUUAGUUGAAAGGAAUUGUCCAUAGACCAAGUAGUAAUAUCAUCGAUAUCCAUUUGUAAAGUACUUUGUUCGUUUUUUUCAACAAUUUCAGAGACCGUAGUAUCGUCGGCAAAUUUCCACAUUUCUGAAAGGUGAUUAUGUAACACAAGGUCAUUUAUCAUGGCUAAGAAUAGCCAAGGCCCAAGUCGUGUGCCUUGAGGGACACCAGCUGGAACUUGGAGCCAGUCUGAGAAACAAUUAUCACUUAGUUUGACCCUUUGCCAUCUAUUACGUAAAAAGUCAAUAAUCCAGUUAACCACACAGGGCUUAAUACCAAGGCUGAAUAAUUUCGCAACUAAUGUGGUGUGAUCCACCAUGUCAAAUGCUUUUUUAUAGUCAAGAAAUACAGUGCGAACAGAUGAACCACUUCCAUCUGUUGCACUCAACCAACAAUGGAGCAUCGAUAUCAAGGCAAGUACAGUGGAAGAAUUUGGAAUAAAGCCAAAUUGUUGGGGAUCAACAACCUUUAACAGAGUUGGUUUUACUUCUCUUUCGAUUACAAGACGUUCCGCUAUCUUUGAUAGAGUGGAAGUUAAGGAAAUAGGUCGUAAUUCCCUUUCCAAGUCUUUGACAGUAGAUGUUUUUGGUAAGGGGACCACAUCGGCCAGCUUCCAAAUUUGAGGGACUUUACAGCUUUGAAAGGAAGAAUUGAUUAUAUUUGCAACUGGUGAGGCGAGAAUAUCCGAAUAGGUUUUUAAAACCCAAUUGGAAAUACCGUCAGGGCCACUGGAACGCGAUGUAUUAAUUUCUUGCAAUUUUCUAGCUAUAGUUGACUCGGUCACAAUAAUAGGCGUUUCAUCGUUGUGUACAAUUACAGCCGUAUCUUCAGAUAAUGGAACAUAGUUCUGUAUCACAUUUAUAAAAACAUUGUUAAUUUUAUUACUGAGGUUUAUGUCUGUCUCCUGCCAUAAAUCUUGAUGGAGGCGGUCUUUUACACUUUUGUUGUUUAGUUUAGAUGUGCCACACAACUGCUUCACUUCCCGCCACCAAUCUCGGGGGUUGGUGUUACGUAAAUUAUGAACUUUAGAUUGAUAAUAGCUCUUACGACAACGUUUUCGUUCACGAUUAACUUUAUUACGUAACAUUUUAAAAAGAGUGACAUUACCAGAUGCAAAGGCUUUUUGUCGACGAUUUAUCAGUGAUUUCAGAUUGCUAUUAACCCAUGGUCGAUCACUAGAAGUUACUAUCGCAAGGAAAGUGCUGUCAACACCUAGCAUUAGCGAUUAGCGUCAGAGAUUGGCCUAAUGUUAUGAGCAUAUUACAUAGUUUAUAAUGUAUUGAAUAAUCAAUAAUUAUCAAAGUAUGUGGUACUUGUUCAGACACUAGUAUAAGUAGGGUCUGUGGUUCUCAUAAAUUAAUAACAUCUUCUGCAAUAAUGCAUUUCAUUGUUCUAAACGAUUCCAUUCAGAUGUCCAGAGUUGACGAGAGUAAAUUAGCGUGAUAAAAUCUGCGAUAAAAUUCUCAAGCGUAAUUUUAGUAGUAUUACUAAACGUCUUGAUGUAAUAAGUGCCCAGUAACAUAUCGAAAGAAGUUGUUUUUCAGAAAUACAAAUUAAGUCAAAAUUUAAUUGGUUAAUGCAUGUUACAUACAAAACGUUUACAGUGCAAUCUUUACUUCAUGCAUGUUCACUAAUAACCUAUAGGUGUCCAAGCACUCUCCCAUGAUGCAAGAGUCAAUUUAUGGAUGCAGGAUCACAUAUACUUUGAAGACGAGGUAUCACGUUGACCGUUCUUCAUGUCUCGUUUGGUUCGUUUACAAUUUAUAAGUAUGACAUUUUUGUUUUUCAAGAUUAUUUCUCUUCUGGAAAUUUGUUGUUUUGAACGAAAAUACAUGUCGCGCAAAGAAAUGAAGGCGAUGAUCUCUUUAAGAGAAUUGGUGAGGAUUUUCUUUUCAACACAUCUAUUUUUGUUAGUCAAUAUCAGGGCGGAUACGCGAGGUACAUCUGAUAGUGGAGGUGCAGGUUCUUCAUUGGAGUGCAUGCAUGGACCUCUCCACCACCACCGUCGUAAAUGCAUUAAAUCAUUCAAAUUUGUAAUGCUGACAUUUUAGCCCCCACUCCUGUGCACGUCCAGAAAAUACACAUAAUAGUAACUAGUAUAUCCAUGUGUAAAUAAGCAUUUGGUGAUGAAAUUCGUUCUCCAUUUCAGCCAAAAGCAUUAAGCGAAAACACGUCCCUAUUUUCCAUUACAUAUGAAGUAAUACAGUAAGUAUAUACUUUGCAAUUCAAUUUAUGCAGUUAUACCAGGCCUUGAAUUUCCCUGAAAUCAAUCGACGGCAAUGACGUUAAAAAUUGCCGUAGAACGUAACAGCUGUCUACGGCAAUUUUGACAGUUUCCACGGCAUUUUUCAAAUUACUGUAAUAAAACUUUAAUUUUAUUGUUACUUUGCAUUUUUGACAAGCUAGAAACAUGUCUAUACGUAUUUCUUUAGUGUUUUUUUCGAAGAAAACUGAGAUUGAUCACUGAACAUCUGAAUUCAAGUAUCAAAAUAGUAAUGCACAUGCAGUGAAUAUAGUAUAAAAUUUGCAGUAUAUACGGCAAAAAAUUGCCGUCGUUGCCGCAAUGAUCCACGGCAUUUUGUUCUCCCUCUACGGCAAUUGCCGCGAUAAAAUUCGAGCCCUGAGUUAUACUGUAUAUGAAUAGUCGUUAGGCCACAAAACAAAUAGUUGGUUAGCGUCCUCGCCCGCCCACAAAAAAGGUCCCGCUCAGGAUUUCUUUUUAUUUUUUAUUAUUUUUUAUUUAAAAAACCCAACUUUUAUUGACCAACAUGCUUUAAUAUAAUAUGUAGUAUUUCUGUAGUCAAUUGUGUUUAAAUGCAAGAUAUUAACUUCUAGAAUGAGGUAUGAAUCAUAUUCUGAAAUAUAUAAAAAAGUUCAAGAAGUAUAUGUAGUAUUGCGCAAGGGAAUCCAGUUUCAGACCUAAAACCAAGGCGUUAAAAAUUAGUAAAAAUUUAAAAAAAAACCGCCCGCCCGCCCCCUUUUUGGCAAAAGCUAACGACGCUAACCAACUAUUUUUUAUGUGGCCUUAUAAUCACGACGUAAAUGUGGUUUAAACUUGUUCCACUUUAGUAACAUGUAUACAUAUAACUAUUUUAAGAAAGUAUUAUUUAGCCGGCAAAAACUAGCAUAAAGGCAUUAGUUGACAUAUUUUUACCAUUCCUUUCUUAAAGACGGGUAAUUUACGAAACGAGUGGAAAUCUCCACGUUAUGAAGUUUGUCGGAGUUCUUCUUCAGCUUAUUUCUGACGUUCAAAGGCAAAAGAAUAAGGUAAUUCAUAAAAAGUGAGGAAUAAAAAACUUCUAGGGACCCUGCGAGUACGGCAAAAUGCAAUGCAGAGCUGCAAGUCCGCCAAGUCGGAUUCACCAGAUCUGUUUAGAGGGUGCAACUUUUUAUGUGCCAGAGAGACUGCAUGCAGGGAUUGUACUGUACAUGAUAUUCACCACAUCGGUGCACAACGAAAUUUAAAAUUCGGUAAUAUCGGAAAAGUAAAUAAGGCGUGCUGAAAUAAAGAAAUUAAUUUAACUGAUCCUUAUUAUACGUAUACAUAUUUGUUACACAACAAGACAAAAGCGACUAACAAUAGGAUGAAAUUAAGAUAAAUAGGAAGCAAUUAUGCGGAAUCACUAUACAUGUGCAACACAAUUUACUAGAGGUUUUUUGAAACCUUUAUUGGCAUUGGCUAUUUCAAAAGAGUAAUAAUCCUCGAAUGGUUUCUUGCUAUUCACCCAUAUACUGACAUUUUGUUAUUAUUUCAGACUCAGCUUGCCGAUACUUUUAACGUCAAUUACGCCAAUAUCUGGAGUGUUGAGCUCGCAAGUUUUGUGAAUUUACUAACAGUUGACUGGGCUGGUAUGUGAACAAUAUUUAAAAGGUAGAACCGUUCAUAAUUUACCAAAAUCGACAAGAGAAAAAACCAUAUUAGGAUUAAGAAACUUUCUGUGAAGUUGAACUUGAAGGUUUACAUCUGGGAUGGCCAACUGGCCAUUUUUAACUUUCCAUGGUAAAAAUAAUUGAAUAUACUAAUAUUACAUGAACUAUUUCGAAAUUAUUACAUGAAUAAUUGGAAGCUUUGGAAAUAAAAUCUCAUUAAACUAAUUGUGAUGAAACAAAUGUGUAAUCAUCAGGUCCGAUUUUAUCGGAUGUCAACACUCUUGCUAUUUCUGGCUGCGAGCAUACAAUCUUCCAACUUUCCCGUCCCCAGCUAAAACGUUCAAUCUACCGAAAUAGACCACAAUGCAUUGUGAUCAGUAAUAUGAUUCUCUAGCCAUGAAAAGUCAAUUGCAUUCCCAAAUGUUUUAAAUGCAGUGUAUAUAGCUACUAAAAAUAUUUUUAUACAGAUAUGCCAGCUAACAGUUUUCUUCAUCACGCCAAAAGGGUUGAAGAUUGUAUAAAUGAAAUGUGUGGGAGAAUAACUUCACCAGGGUAUUGUACUUCCUUUAAUUAACUAAUGUAGUAUAUACGUAAUUUUCUAAUUCUUCGUUGUGACACACGGAGAACGUAAUUUACGUACCAGGCAAUAGUACCUUUACUCAGAGAUUUUAUUUACACCCACACUAAAUACGGGAAGAAACAAAUAAUGAAAGAGUGAAUAACAAAAUUAAAAUAGAAUGGUUGAAGAUGAAAAUCAUUAGAGAGUACGAAGAAAAAAUUAUUAAAACUUUAAUACUUCCCAGUUCACAACAUUGAAUAUUGACAUGGCUGAUAAGCCGUUAUUAUUAUUCAUUGUACUAUUUUCUCGUAUUCUUAUUGGUUGAAAGCCUACAGAUAAUUUUCUGUAUCUCGGUACAGACAUGACCAUGACAAAUAAAUCUCGUAUCUGCAUGUGAACAUGACAAAUAAAUAUCGUAUCUGCAUGUAGGUGCCCGCGUAUUUUUGCAGCGGUAUUUUGCAUGGAUUGGAAAAGAGCGGGAAAUUUUUGUAAAAUUAUUUUGUUUGUGUUAAAUGAAAUUGGAAAUUGAUGAGUUUUUGUCUGUUUUGAUUAGUUUUCGCAUGGCUGACUUGAUUGUUUUUGUCACAGAAUGAAUAAUAAAAGAUUUAUUGAAUUCGGCUUACGCUUCGGCAGAUAACGCUGAUCUCGGUCUGAAUAAUUCUGAUACCCUGCUCAGCCUUAUCCAAUAAUUCUUGAUCAUGUAAUCAUGCAAGCAUCAGAAUGGUUACAAUUAUUCUCAGGAGUGAAUACAACACGUAUUUUUUUACAUAAUUAGUAAUUAAUGUUUAGUGACUUUUUCUAUCGUCAACCAGAAAAAUAGAUAACUGCAUGGGCACUUGAAGUUUACAAGUUUUUCCAUUAUGCAUGGGAGCAAAUUCUGCAACUACUGUAUACGUUGCAGAUGAAAAAUACACGCAAGAGAUACCUUUAUUUUGACUUCUAAGAUUAAUGGAAUUUAUUGUUUGCCAUAGAUAUCAGCCUUACUAUAUCUGGUUGAUUUUACAAGGAUUCCCGGAUCAAUUGCAAAGAUGUUAUUGGGUUGUCCUUUUUGCAAGUACACAGGUAUAUUGCAAAACUGGUUUCUACCACUGCGAAAAUUACACGUUUGGACCGCACAUCGAUCCUGUUUAAUUUACGUUUAAGUUUGUAGAACCAUGUUUAACAAUUCUGCUGUGGUAUCAUGGAGGUGGAACACAGUUUGACGAUACUAACAAGGUUUGGAUAAUAUUUGGACAAUCUUGCUCAAUUCCCACCGCCACCCAUAAUUAUGUUUAUGCUUGUAUAUUAAGUUUAACGUUUAUAGACUGAGAUGUAUUUUUAAUGUUUUUGAAAAUUUUACUUGAGAAAUUGGUAAUUAAGGGUUUUAUAAAACCCCGUUGCAUGUCCUGGACGAAUUAUAUGAUUCGGUUUCCAUUUCUCACAUUCUAUAUUCGACAUACGUUAACUUUACCGCUUCUGGAUAUACUUCGUAUCAUCGUUGCAUCUGAUUUAAAAAAAUUGACAUACAAAUAUUAACUAUAGGAUCUUCAUAUAACAUGAUUAUCAUGGCAGGGUAAAUUCCUCUCAUGAGACAACCGAGGCGCUUAUAUAUAAGCGCCCUGGAGACAACGUUAAGCUUUUCCCGCCCAAAUUACUGUACCAAAUUACUCCGCCAAAAUUACCGGUCUGCCUGUUAGUGACCAUUGUCUGGCCAUUUUGAUUAGGAUUGUCACCAAAUUAGGUAGGCCAAAACCUCUGCAGACGUCGACAACAGUUUCCUGAGCCGCUCAUUUUUCAUAAAUGUUAGUUAGCUAGGAGUUGAUAUGGACAUUAAGCUUAGUACGAUGUUAUAUUGUAGCAUGUUAAUAUUCUUUCUAUAGAUUAAAUUGAGAUACUUCGUGGACACCUUACGACAUUUAAGAAACAAGAGUCAAAUUAUGACAAGUGACAUCCUGUGUGCUCUAGACAACAUCAUGGGUCUGACCAAUGUUCAGCAAAAUGUUAUUAUCAUAAUACGUUAUCUUGUGACGCUGUUUAUGUUAAUGAGCUGCUCUGCAGAUAAUUUGGACAUUCCUCAGAUCAUUUUCAAGGUAAUUUUACCGGCAUCAUACUCUGCUAACAAUAUUUUUAUGUACUAGUUAAAAUAUGAGCAGCUGAUCUUCAUGGGCAUUUACAAAUGUAAAAUGAAUUUAUUUGUUUACUUUAUUAGUAUUCACUGCCCAUGGGGAUAAUCUCACGCUUCAUUAGCAUGCAUUUGAAAUCUGAAUUAGUAUUGAUAACUUUCAUAAACAUCCCUCUAACAUGACUUUCUGAUUUUUAGUGCGAGUUACAAGUGUGCACAUGUGACCUAACUACCGCGUCGUGAUUUGUUUGUAGCCUUAUUAAUUAUGAUUUUACAAAUGUAGGGAUAAUGCACAAAUCUGUAAGUGCGCUAGAGGUGUGCAAAUCCGAUCGAUUCGUGCGGAUUUCGGAACAAAAAUAUUCGUAUUGGAUCGGAUUGAUAAAGUUGUUUCGUGGUCGGAUCGGACUUCGAUAUUCGAAAUAAAAUGAAUUAAUUAUCCACGACAACGCGGUUGUCGCUGCAUUAUUCGUUUGAUAGUUCAAUCGGACGUCAUUUUGUCAGCUUCUUGACAUGUAUUUCUUGCUUUUAUAUUUAUUUGGUUAAAUAUUUCCACUUGAAUGAGAAAUUUAUUUUAUUAAAGGAUUCUUCGGAUCGGAAUUCUUUAUCAAAACUCUGAUUGGAUUCGGAUUAGACAAUUUUGGAUCGGAUUUUAAACAUUAGCCAAUACACGCUUCUGGAAAGUACGUCACCUUGGCUAUAGAGCCUCGUUUUCGUGAUUGAGACGCGGCCUUUAACUAUAAUGUCAGAUACACGAAAACGAGGCUCUAUAGCCAAAGUGACGUACUUUCCGGAAGGGUGUAUUGUCGGAUUAUAAACGUCCGAUCCGAUGCACACCGCUAGUAAGUGCAGACGCGCCUCGUCCUCGAUAUACGGGAUGUAAAUCACUCAUAAUUUACGCUGUUGCUCCUUUUCUCGUUUUCAGUUAACUGAGGAUCUUCCCGUACCAAAUGUUUUUGACCAACUUUUGGAUGUCGUUGAAGAGACAUUUAGCUUUCAGAGCAACUCGCAAUGGUUUUCUACGAACUUUGAUCUCAAUAGAUUCUCAACAAACAGCCUAAAAUAUCUCAAUGUGGUGUACACGAGGUUUGAUGAGUAUGUCAGUCAGCAUCCACGGAUACGUAUACAAGUUGAGAGUCUAGAUAAUCAUGACAGUAUGAUUAAUGAUCUUCGCUCCAGGUUUCAGAUUUUGUCUAAGUUAUUAAGAAAAGAAACAGGGUAA